AUGUUCUUUCAGAUUAUUCAGGGGGUUUUCACCGGCGUGACGGCAUUAGCUCUAUUGGCACUCGCUGGUAUAACCCUUGGCGGCUCAGCCGUGGGAUUAGCCGUAAGCACGCCGUUUUUUGUCCUAUUCAGUCCGAUUCUCGUGCCAGCAACUAUAGCCACCACUUUGUUAACUACGGGUUUAACGAGCGCCAGCGGCUUCGGUUUAAUGGCUAUCCGCAUAAUCUGGAUGCUCUACAAGCGUCUUAAGAAGAAAGGAAAGUCAAAAGUUCCGGGAGUGUCCCCGGAGGCUCCAGAGUCUGAGCCAACGUCUGGGGGAUAA